AUGCCGUCGCGGGCUGCGCAUAAUCCUUCGGUCCAUCAAUCCACGAGUCUGGCCGGAGUCCAACCUAGCACAAGCCCCAUCCGCGUGCCAGUAGUGGGAAGCCGAUCUCCGAACCGCGCGCGACAUGUCGAGGCAAGCACAAACCAAAGAGUGACCGGGGCGCCGUAUUUCUCCCCGCCGUCACCGCAGUAUCGUGGACGGCAUUCUCGCUCGAUUAGCCAGCCCUUUGCGUCAGCUUUUGGGGCUACUGGGAAGCGUCGGAAUAAAUCAAUAGUAGCAGUAGAUACUGACGAUGACGAUGACGACGAUGAUAUCUAUCUCCCGAAUCCAAAUCCAUUAUCUACGAGUCCCCGCAAGGGUUUGCCGCGAGUACCGCCGAAGGAUGAUUUGACAACGGGCAAGUGUAUGACUUGCAAUAACACGGUGCGAUGGCCGCGGAAUUUGAAAGUCUUUCGAUGUACGGAGUGUUUAACGGUGAAUGACCUGGAACCGUAUCAGGAGACGAGAGACCCCAUCAACCCUGGGACAAAGCCGGCAAUUCCAAGGAAAGCGAUCCCAUUGACAACUGAGCGAACCGCUGCCAUUAUCGAUCGGUGCAUAUCUACUCAUUUGCAACAAUGCUUAGGAGCCCCGCAAGUACCGCCGAAGGAUGCAUUUAGGAAAGGCUUGCCUCAAGCCUCGCCCAAAUCACCUGAACAUUUACCGCUACCUCAACAUCAGCGACCCUCACGGGGUCGCAGCGCGUCAUCCUCAGAUACGCGCGAGAAGGCCGAUGGUGGCGAUAGAGCCUUUGAAAGCUCCAGCUACCCGUUUAGGAACCCGUUUCCCCCGGCUCCCCCACCCAAGGAUGCACCAGACCAUCGGAAUGCGCCCAGGCACGUGGCGCCAAGGGAGCAUGGUCGACCGCAUGACAGUGGAAGAAAGGAAAGGCAUCCUUAUAUAUUCCGAGAACUGGAGGACUAUAUAAUAUCGGGGUUUAGAGGCUGUGACAUUCUGAAUGCAUCGUUCAACUCGGGUCAUCAAGCUCCCCGACCUGCACCAGAGAAUACUCGCCCCGAACCCGACCCAGGGCAAAGCCCAAGACACGCAUAUGUGGAUCCUGUCGUUGAACUGGAUGCUAAGACACUUCUGGUGGGGGAUCUGGCUGAGAAUUCAUCUUGGUGGAUGGCUGAUGAAGAAUCGGGUAGAGGACCCAGCCAUGCCCAAUCCAAGCCCAGAACUACGAAAACAGUCAACUCGAGAAGCCCUCGAAUUAACUGGACGGAUGUCGAUCAGUGGUAUCAGCUUAUACUGAGAGCGGGGACUUCCUGGGUUGAGAAGUGGUCGACCAUGAAACCACCUCUAACUGAAGAGGAUCCCACAAAGGCCGCGGCAUGGGAUAUGGCGGACUUGAGUGUGAUCGAAAAGGAAAUGACAGAAUCGCGUGCACAUCUACAUAGGACACUCCUGAAAGCUACGGAGGGCUUCUUAAACGACCGCGAAGACCACUGA